CGACACGCAGGCGUUAGUACCUUUCCGCAUGUUUUGUUUUGUUUCUGACACGACACACAAUAAAUAAGAAAAUUAUUAUUUUUAAGAAAAAGUUGUGAAAAACUACUUUAGCCAUGAGUAGUUUAAAGUCCGAUUUGGAUGAAUAUUUACUGCUGCAGAGUGACCAGAAGAAGAGCUUCAAUGUGAAGCUGCCACAGUUGAAGGUCCCAAGUCUGGGACUAUUUUCCAAAAACACGGAACCGGAGGCCAAUAGCUGGCUAAAGGACACCCAGGACUCCUGUUGUCCCAAACUGUCGCGACUGCAGAGAAUCGUCGGUUUUGUGGCCUGUUUGGGAAUGGGAGGACUCUGCAUAUCCCUAUCGACUUUAUACAUUCCCGUUCUCAUCUUGAAAGCCCGAAAGUUCGCCCUGCUCUACACCCUGGGCAGUCUCUUCUUUAUCCUAAGCUUUUGCUUUCUGUCCGGAUUCGGAGCCUUUCUGCGACAGAUGUUCUCCAAGCCGAGACUCCUGACUUCCAUAUCGUACAGUUCCUGCCUUUUGUUAACCCUGUAUUGUGCCUUGGUGGCCAAAAGCACCGCAUUCACAGUUCUGUUUGCUGUGGCGCAAAUAAUAGCAUUACUGUUUAUGGUACUGGGUAUGGUUCCGGGUGGAGCUACGGGUCUCAAGUUCUUUGGGCAAUUGUUCAAGACGAGUGUUUCGGCCUCGACAAGUGCGCUGCCAGUAUAAGCCACGAAGAGCAAUAAAACAAAACGAAUCAUCUCCAACCACCGCAGCAACGAACGAUAUAACUUAUUUAACUCAUUGAUCCAAAAUAAAACUUAUUUGUGAUAUAACGCCUCUCAAAAGUAA